AUGUCAAAUAAUCCAAAUAAUUCAGGUCAACCAAAUAAAACACAAUCAAUUCUACAAGAAGUUGAUAAAGUUAAAGAUGUUAUGCAUAAUAAUAUUGGAUUAAUGUUAAAUAAUCAUGAUAAAGCUUCAAAUUUACAAGAUAAAACAGCAUCAAUGAGUAACAAUGCUCGUCUUUUCAAAAAACAAACUGUUACAAUCAGAAGACAAAUGUGGUGUAGAAAUAUGAAAUUACAACUUAUUAUUAUUGCUGUAGUCAUUUUAGUAUUGGCUGUAAUUUUAAUUCCAAUUAUUAUGAAAUUCGUAUAA